AUGGCAGCGACACACCAAUUCGAUGUGAACAAGCUCUUCGGCAUGCAGGGCCGGACGGCGGUGGUGACGGGUGGUGGAACUGGAAUCGGCCUGAUGGCCGCUCAAGCACUUGCUGCCAACGGCGGUACGGUUUACAUCACAGGUCGUCGUAAGGAAGCACUGGACAACGCAGUCAACAGCCACCAUCCCGACCAGAGAGGUGGCAAAAUCGUCGCGCUCGGGCCCUGCGAUGUGACCAAGAAAGACGACCUCCAGAAGAUAGUCGAGGAGCUGCAGGCAAAGGAGAAAUACAUCGACCUCCUCGUCUGCAAUGCUGGUGUAGCAGGAACCAAGGCGACGCCAGAUCAGGAGGAUGCUGGCAACCUGAAGCAGAGGCUGUGGGAGCACGAGACUGUCGAGGCAUGGAACCAAACCUACAAUAUCGAUGUGACGAGCGUCUACUUUACGACCGUUGCUUUCCUGCCGCUGCUACAGUCUGCGAUAGAACCGCAUGGCCCGCUUCCACGGUUUGGCGCGAGCGUGAUCACGAUCUCGAGCAUGAGUGGCAUGAUGAGGGAUGCACAGGGCCACUUCUCGUACAAUGCCGCCAAAGCAGCAACAGUCCACCUCACGAAGCUCAUGUCCAAGGAAUUCCAGCGGGCAUGGAUCAGAGUCAAUUCCAUCGCACCUGGCUACUUCCCGUCUGAGAUGACCGACAAGAACAAGGGGUCCGAUGAAAAGCAAAAAUCCGAGUUCCCACAGGAGAAGAUUGAAAGCACCGGCCACGUACCGGCGAUGCGUCCAGGCAGUGAGGAGGAGAUGGGCAUGACUGUGCUCUACCUUGCUCGUAACGGCUACGUCAACGGCCAGAUUGUCGCCGUCGACGGAGGGGUGCUAAACGUGGUGGGCGGAACAUGA